AUGCCAAAAAACUACCAGCACAUCCUAGCUUUGGUGUAUGCUAUAAAGGAGAUCAAUGAAAAUCCCACAGUCUUACGUAACGUAACACUUGGUUUUCACAUCUAUGAGAGCUAUUUCAAGCCACAGAUUACUUACAUGGGGACGCUUGGUCUGCUUUCUACACUGAAUAGAUUCCAACCCAACUACAAGUGUGAUGUGCAGAACAAUUUGAUAGCCAUAAUUGGGGGAAUUUACUCUCUCAUCUCUCUUGAGAUUGCCACCAUCUCGGACACUUACAAGAUUCCCCAGGUGCUGCCCAUUUCUAUGUGUAAUGACAACUGCUAUCCUGGUUACAUCAGGAAAAAGAAGGAAGGGGAGCCAUUUUGCUGUUAUGAUUGUGGCCAAUGUCCUCAGGGGAAGAUUUCUGAUCAGAAGGAUAUGGAUUCCUGCACUGAAUGUUCAGAAGAUCACUAUUCAAACUUAGAACACAAUCAAUGCAUUCCCAAAGUUAUACACUACCUUUCAUAUGAGGAACCUUUGGGGAUGACUUUGGCUUUCUGUGCUGUUGCUUUUGCUCUGACCACAGCUUUGGUACUUGGAACAUUUGUGAAACACCAGGACACACCCAUAGUCAAAGCCAACAACCGGGACCUCACCUAUAUCCUCCUCAUCUCCCUCCUUCUUUGCUUCCUCUGCUCAUUGCUGUUCAUCGGAGAGCCAAAGAAGAUCACCUGCCUCCUCCGGCAAACAGCUUUUGGCAUCAUCUUCUCAGUUGCUCUUUCUGCUCUUUUAGCAAAAAACAUCACUGUGGUUCUGGCUUUUAUGGCUACCAAACCAGGAUCCAAAAUGAGGAAAUGGGUUGGGAAAAGGGUGACAAUUUUGACAGUCAUUUCCUGCUCCUUUCUUCAAGCAGGGCUUUGCAUGGUUUGGCUAGGCACUUUUCCUCCAUUCCCAGAUAUGGACAUGUAUUCCCUGAAUGGGGAAAUUAUAGCAGAAUGUAAUGAAGGUUCUAUCAUCAUGUUUUACUCUGUCCUGGGCUAUAUGGGCUUUCUGGCCUUUGUCAGUUUCACGGUAGCUUUCCUAGCCAGGAAAUUACCAGACAGUUUCAAUGAGGCCAAAAUUAUCACUUUCAGCAUGUUGGUGUUUUGUAGUGUUUGGCUCUCAUUUGUUCCAGCCUAUCUGAGUACCAAAGGAAAAUAUUUGGUGGCUGUGGAGGUCUUCUCUAUCUUAACUUCCAGCGCUGGCUUACUGGGUUGCAUCUUUUUCCCCAAAUGCUACGUUAUUGUGUUCAGGCCUGAUCUGAAUGUUAGAGAGCAAAUGAUCAUAAUGAAAAACUAA